UGCGAAGUGAUGAGCUAUUGAAAGCGAGCGUACCGGGUGAUUGCAAGUAUAAUUGAGCGAGUGAGAGACUUUGAGUUUUGUAACCAAUUCCAUCUGCGAGUGUAAAAGAGAAGGACAAGUGUGUGAACCAGACCAGCCAUCUUGGAAAAGUUGAAAUUUGAUAUUCUGUGCUUGAAAUAGGCAUCAAUUUUUGCAUUGAUUUGUGAUUCUACGUCGUUGAAAACGCGAACCCGUUGUGAUUUGGAAGUAAUAUAAGGUCCUAAGUUAAGUUUUCAAGCUGUGCCGUAUCCGUUCGCGUGUGUAAGAGCUCAUUUCGAAACGCAGUUAGAGGAAGAAAAAAACCAGUUCAAGAGUCCACCAUCUUUGAAACCCGAGACAAAGUGAAUCGAAUAGCAAUUUUUUUGCUUGCGGUUUGACGUGGAAAGUGCAAAUUUGGAACGAAAAUCUGUUCAACGAUUAUCGGUGCAAACGUUCGAGUCAACACUACACGGCAGUCCUUAAAAGUAGUGAAAACUUGAACCAUUUAAGUGCGCAUUGUGAUUUCUUCGUACGCGGUCGUUGCGUUGAAGGGUACAUAUAUCGUCAUCAUCAAAAGUGAAAAUUGAAAAUAUUUGGUAGAAGCGAGUGUCGCUUAUUUGGUGAACCAAGUCGUUCACAGUUUGAUGUUGAAAAGUCUCGAAAUCGCGUAUUGCACACUGCGAGGUUUAGUGAUCGUUCGUACAAACCGAACCCUAGGAAAAUGAGAAUAGAAGUCCAUUCGGCUGCGGAUUUUUUAAUGAAUUUGCUGAGGGUAAAAAAAGCAAAUCAACUAUCCGAGAGCCAGCUGCAGCAUUUCAAGGGAUCGUUGGAGCAGAUUCUAACCCGUCACUUUCAACGUCACUGGUACCCUGAUGUUCCGACCAAGGGUUCGGGAUUCCGGUGUUUGCGAAUCAACGGCAAGAUGGAUCCAAUCAUCGAGAAGGCGGGUGUUGCGGUGGGAUUGAAUGCGGUGAUCCUGCGGAAGAUGCUCCCAAUGGAGUUGACGAUCUGGAUCGAUCCGGAGGAGGUGUCGUACCGUAUUGGCGAAAACGGUACCAUCUGUGUGCUGUACGAUCAGCACAAAAGCCGUGCCAGUCCAUCGUCGGAUCUCGAUUCGACGGGUAGCAGUAGCUGUGAUGAAUUCAUUAUGGAACGAGUUGGCCGACUGGAUCUGUCCAAUUCGUCCGAUAGCGGUAAUAGUGGUAUGGUAGAUUACGUGGAUACCAAUCCAUCUAAUCCACUUGUGACGCAGAGUAAGCACAACAAGUACAACAAUCAUCAUAAUAAUCAUCAUCACGCUAAGCGUCAGAACAACAGCAUUAGCUCGUCGUCUAGUGGACAGACUAGUCCACCACUUAGUCCACCGUUUAACGGUUAUAACAACUUCAACAACACUAGAUAUCAACAUAACAACCAACAUAACAACUAUUACUCGCCAUCUCUGCACCAGCAGCAGCAAUACUUCCCCUGGGACAACCAGUUUGUCAACAACAAAGUGCGUACUCAGUGUUAAACUACUGAAACCAGUCGUUCCCGUUCGGCUUUCCGUGCUCCCCGUUUCUUUCCUAAAAAGCAAAACAGUCCUUAAAAAAUGGUUAAAUUAACCACCAAAAAUUAUUCAUAUCAAACCAUUGUACCAUCUGCUGAGGUAAGGUUUCCCAAGUCGUUAGCAGAUCGCAUUAGUACUAGUGAGGGGAGCGCGGGUUGCCACGAACGUUUUCAACAAUUCAUCUAUUCAACAAAGUAAAAGAAGAAGAAAAAAAACGGCAGCAACACUUCGAGAGGACCCAUCAUCAUAAUCGAAGUACGUCGACGGACGACGUCACGAGCGGCGAGGGUGGAUGAACGCGCGAGAGAACGAGAGAAAUGACGCAGUAAGGACAGCUCCUGAAUGUAUCCAGGUUCAGACCAACUGAACCCAAACCCAUCCGUUUAUCUAGUAAGUGUAAGGCUCGAAAGGGACGCAUUUUAACAUUUGUAACAUCUCCCACAUUUUGCAUGCAAAUGAGAGCUAGCUAGCAAGUAUAGAGCAAUCGAGUCGAAGCAAAAGACGAGAGAGUGUUGCUAAAUUUUUCAACCUUCAAAACCACACACUUAAAUUAUAAGAAAAAGGUAAAAACAAGAAAAAACCUAAACAUAUAUUUGGACAACCACAACGGAUAAACCAAUGCAUACGAAUCACAUGAAAAUGAACAAUGGCAAAACGAAAAAAUGGAAAACUGAAACAGGAAUCUAUAUCUUUAUAAUUAUGAUAGAAUUAUAGCUUUAAACAGCUCUGCAAGUUAUUGUUUUGUGCGGGAGGGACGACGUCAUUCGAUUGGAAAAAACGAACGGACGAACGAACGAAGGGAAGAAAGAUGUUUCCCGAAGAAGUUAGAGAAUCGAGUGCUAGACUAAAAACAAAACCCUUUUUUUAAGCAGGAACACGCAUCAUUAUCGUCAUCGUCACAUCAUUAUGGUAUUAUAUUGUUAAAAAACAAUUGUCAAUCGAGGUCGAUCGGAGCUAAUGAGGAGGCAAACAUCAGAACCGUGUAGCAUUUGACGUGUGUGUUUAAGAGUGCGUUCAAGGAAGACAUUUCGUCAGUGCUGUAGGUGAUUAGAAAAAAAAUGCCUCCUUUGUUGUUUCUGUGAGCCAAAAGCGCGUGGACAAGUCAUAGAUAGCGUUAGGGUAAAUUCCCCCCUGGUUGCCAAAUAGUAAGAAAACAAUACAACAAGUGAGAUGAAAAGAGAAAACAUCUAAAAUAUGGUGAGUGGUGUUUUUUUGGUGGCAUUGAGCUUGUCCGAUUAACUAUGAUAUCGAGAGCUGUAGCAGUCUAGAAGUCUAAUAAUUUGCAUAGAAUUCGCGUGGAACGAAAACAGCGCGGAAGCAUUCUUUAAAUGAUCGCAGAUUGAAAAACUCGCGAAAAAAGGGGAGGGGGAGACAGAACAAAUGAACUAAAUUCUUUCUAUCUUAAAAUUUAGCCGAUAUUCGACAGUGCAAAGUUUUCCCUUUAUUACUACUUUUCAACAAAAAAAGCCUACUUUUCCUUUCCAAAAUUCGGAGAAAACGUUUCCCUUUUCCAAUGAAUGGUAACAUUCGCAAAGAAGAACCUUGGAUCACCUGUUGUUCCUAUUUUUAGAGUUUUUUCUGUCUCCUGCUCCUUUUGCCUUUGGCGAACGACACUGGAAAACAAAAUCGUCGUUAACAAAGGAUGCACAGAUGCAAAGAAAGGGCCGAACGACGAUGAAGAACUACUGCUGCAGCAACUGCAGCAGCUUUCGUCACGGCGAAAGGCUCGUACAUAGGUUGAAUAGGGACACGCAGCAGCAAGGAAAAGGUCAAUCGCGAACACUCGGUGUAGGGCAGAGCAGUAAAAGCAGGAAAAGUGGGAUAGAAAGCAACCUUCCGAUGGAGUAGAGAGAUGUGUGUUUCGAAACCUGGGUGGCUAGUCUGGCAAUAAAAAAAAGAGGACACACGUAGUGCUGCUACUAGAUGUGUGGUAGUGUGGAGAGCGGGGUCAACGACGAUAAUGAUCAACGAAACUAUCGAAAAUAUUGGCAGCCAGCACAAUCAAGCAGCAGCUAUGAACAACCAAGAGUACGAAGGCAGACACGCUCGGGAGACGGACGACCAUCAAUCCAUCAGCAGCAGCGUAACAAAAAAGAAACUAGUUUUCUUCGUUUCGCGCUGGUGUUGGUGAGGUCUCGUUGAUGGUGUCGUGUAGUCGUGCUGUGUGUCUGCAUUCAGUACGAGUGAGCAGCUGCUCGUGCAUUGGUGUUUACGUCCAUCUUGAACCGAUGUACGCUGUCUGUACGUGAGCAGAAUAAAAUCCAACCGAACAUUUGUUUUUGUUCGUCGUCUUCUUUCGAUGUUCGGUGUUUUCUUGCUGGUAGUUUUGCUUCAUUGGUUUUUUUCUACCCCCUUAUUGUUUCUUCAUCCUUAAGCUGGCUGGUGUCUACCGAAACGGGUUUUUCUCGAUUCGGUUGUUUCGUAGACCAGCUUUGCUUGCCUACUACGGUUGGUGCCUACGUGACCGCGUACGCAUUUGUGUAGGUGUUUCAAUAGUUACUCAAGCAGUCAACAGACAUGAAAAAUGGUCUAAUGGCUACUCUAAUCCGCCUACAUUCAGCGUACGGUCGGUUUUUACGAUUGUUUUUCCAUCCAACAUUUGCGUAGAAACUGAACCCCGUGACGCACAAUACACCAACAACAGCAGCGUUCGGGGUCGUCGUCGUAAAGCGAAAUUUGCAACACACCGAAGUUGGUAACCGUCAGUCAGUAGCCAAGUGGGUUGUUGUAUAAGCCAGACGAACCAACGAAAAACAGCAAAACGGCAACGUUGCAAAUAAUGACUGGUUAGCGUUUCCUAUGUUCAGUAGACAACUUCACGAAUCGGCUGCUACCAUGCUCUGUAAGCCUCGUCAUCUGGCUCACGGUUAGAUGAUAAACGAUUCGCGAGCAUGAGUCAUUUGCCGAAAACUUAAAAAAAAAACAAAAGAACACCAGACAGCCCCCUGCAUCGAAAAACGUCAGAUGAAAAAAAUGGUUGCGGAACAUUCAUAUCUCUCAGCAGGCUUUGCUUUUCAGAACCAUUCUCUACCGAGGGACUGCCCUUUUCCCGAGAAAAACAAAAACUUAACGAAGACAAAACAUCCCGUUUAGUCGAAAUUCAGUAAAUAGAAAACCAACUUCAAUCGAUCGGAUUGAGGCAGUUAGGAAUCAUAUAAACAAAACACAAAGACCCACCGUCCAAAAGAAAAACUAUACAUUUGUGUAUAGACUUGCACAGUUUAGGAAAAACCGAACGCAAAGAAGAAGAAGAAGAACCAAGAAAGCUAGGAACCUAACGUGCGGCGUGGAACAAACAAUAUACAUUAUAUGUAUACUCGAUAGUUUUUUUUUCCGUGUUCGUUUCGAAUUUUAAGGAAAACAACACAUCAAGAAUCGUUGAUAAUCUCCCCUUUUACUAGUACAGAAACCAAUCAACAACAACCAACAACUGAGGAAGAAGAGUAAGGAUUAGGUUCAACUUCCCGAAAUUAUUUUUCCGUGUAUGUGUGUGUGCUUGAAUGAAACCAAUAGCUUUUGUCGCGACAACUUUGUUUGUGUGAGUGUGUUAGAAAGUGGGCUAACUGAUGAGCAGUUUUUGAGAUGUUUUUGGCGACAGUGUAAUCGAGUGUGCUUGAGAGCGUAUCGAUGGGACUGAGCGAUUGCGUGUUUUUUGCGUUGUGACGAUUGAGGUUAUGAAUGGCGAAACGGUACAAAGUCAUCUAUAUUGUGUCAAUUUUUAAAAAAAUAUAUAGCUCUUAAUUGAUCCAGCAGCGGUUGCGCGCACACGUUGGAGAAAUCAUAUUUCUUCCGCGUUUGCGGCAAACGCAGCAGCAGCACCACAUCGAGGCAGAUGUGUAUUAGAUGAGGUGUAUGCGCGAAAACAAGCUAAAACUAUAAAAAAAAUCCAACUGUACGACGAUCUCACUUUGUUGAAAGCAAAAGCGAAUAGUUACGACGACGACGGCGACGACUUGGUCGACGGCUUGGCAUCAUCAAAGCAUCAUGGCGGCAGCGUCGAAACGAGAAACGCUAGUAGUGAAACAGGGAAGAGGUAGUGAUUAAUUUGAAUGAUACAGAGCUACGCGAGCGUGAUUUCCUAGUUGCUAACCGACAGCUCAGUUCAGCUCGAUGUGCGGUAGCUAGCAAUCUAACUUUUUUUUAGCGAAAUGGAGAGCUUGGUAGCGAAUCUCUAACCAACAAGCAGAUUGGCAAACUUUUCACUUCACAGCCGUCGUUCGUUCGUUGGUUGGUGCUCUCAAAUUGGGGGUGCCCCAGCUCUACCUUCGCUCGCUCUGGGCUGUAGGAAAAAUGUUAGGAAACAUGUCGGAACAUGUCGGUGGUACCCCAGCAGACAAUGAGCUCACCGCAGCUCCGCACCGCGAUAGCCAUAUUGGUUGGAAGUCGGCCGCUUGCAAAAACUGGUUUGUCCCUACGAAAGGCAACACUAAUCUUUCACCAACUGCAGUGCAGCUGUAGUCGGACUGUAGCUGUUUGCUUUAAUUAACAAGGAAAUCUACGGAAAUCGUGCACCGCUUUUCACUGAUUACACUGGGAAAAGCGCUCGCCGACACCGAAACUAGGUACCAAAACCUACCUGGCUAGGCUCGUUGAAUUAUCGAUUUCUCCUGCUGCUGGUCGAGCUCGGUCGUCGGCGGUGGCGGUGAUUGUGAAAAGUUGUUGUGACGCCUUAUUUGGAGCGGAAGCCAGAAACUGACUGUGCGAUCGUUGAUAACCACAGACCACAGUGCGGACGAAUUUUGGUACUGGUUUUCCGUACCAACUUAUGUUCCGAUGACUUUCUAGGGUUUUUAACUCACCGUUACUAAAUUUAGGCUCUUUGGGAAGCUUUCUGAAAGAUUUUUUCCAAUUUCUUGGUUCAAAAUAUAUGGCGACCGUGAAAAUUUCGAUUCGAAAAACUUUCGAUUGAAAAAUGUUUGGAGACGGACAAAACUUUCGACGAACCAAAUUCAAUUCGAAUAAAAUAAAAUUUGGAAAAAUAUUUGGCGACCGUGAGAAAUUUCGCCGAACAAAAAAAAAAGGGAUUUUUUCAUUGAAAUAUAUUUGGCGACCGUAAAAAUUUCGACAAACCAAAUUAAUUUUAAAGGCAGUCAUGUUAAAUUUUAUCAAAACAAUUUUUUUUCGAUAAUUAUUUGGCGACCGUGAUAAACAUUCGUCAAAUUUUGAAAAUAUAUCUGUGAAAUAAUGAUGAGAAACUUUGGUAAACAAAAUGAAUAUCAAUUUAAAAUUAAAAAAAAAAAUAUUCAAAAUUAUAUGGCGACCGUGAAAAAUUUAGUGAAAAAAGAUUAAUUUUAAAUUUUUUUUGAAACAUGUAUGGCGAUCGUCACACACCUUCGUCGAAUUGAAAAAUUUCGUUAAGCAAUAGCAUAACGGUUGUAAUUAUUUACAUUGAAAUUUAUUAGGCGACCGUGAAAAAUUUCGACGAAGCAAACCAAAAAGUUGUUCAAAAUUUUUGUUUAUUGAAAAGUAGGUAUAUGGCGACCGUGAAAAACGUUCGUCAAGUCAUAAAAAAUGAACAAAAAUUAAGUUUAAGCCAAUCUCUUUCAUUGAAAUUUGUAUGGCGACCGUGAAUUUUUUUGUCGAACUGCCUGAAUUCGGAUAAAAAACGAUAUUAAAAAUUGUUGAGAAUUGUAAAUUAAUAUAAACAUUAUUUGGCGACCGUGAAAAACUGCGUAGUAUCAAAUUAAACAAAUUUAAAUUCGUGACAGGAGUUGGCUGACUAAAUGAUGUUUUCCCAAAUUGAUCCAGCUACUGUAACAGCUGCUGCUACUCCCCGAAAACUUGACGUUUAACCAGCCAGCCAGCUUCCAAUUCGACCAUGAGACCAUAUUUGUCUCAUCCUUGAGAGACGGCGACUCUUUCGAAAACAAGAGAAUUAGACUUUCAAAUUACCUACGUUUCCAACCAUUUUUUUGUUGGUUCUCUUUUAAGGUGGAAAAGCGUGGCACGCACAAUUUUGCGAAAUGAAACAAGAAAAAAAAAUCAUAAAUUGCUAUCGCUUUUUCCACGGUUUUCGAUUGCCCAAAAGAGAGUUUCAACUGUUGCAGACAGUCAGCAACAAAAAAAUGAAAAUGAAAAUGGCGAAUUUUGCAGCUGCCAUCAUCAUCACCGUCGUCAACUUUUUCUGCUGUUUUUUUUUUCUCGGGUGAUGCGUUUAAACGCAUUAAAGAUUGGAUGAAAUUUGCAUUUUGUUAUCAUUCAGUAAAUGAAAGAAAAAAAAAUCGAGGCGUUUCCACUAAUGGAGCGAACAAUUUUAUUCGAUCGAGAACCCACUUUAGAUGGGUCUCGUCGAUUGUUUCGCGUCAACUCCCAGUGGAAAUUUACUCGUUGUUUUCUGCUUGUUGCUUUCACAAACAGCAACGUUGAGUGUUGUGCGAAUGUUAUCAGUAUGUUUUCGUUGCUGUCUCAAAAAGGUCUGCGCUAUCUGUUGUUACAACGCUCUGAGCACCACGUUGUUUGUUUGUCUGUUUGUUCGUUCGCGAAGUUUGCUUUCGCGCGAUGUCGUCAGCAGCCAUCAGCAGACGGAUUGUUUCCAAGCUGUCGGAAAAAUAUUUAAAAAAAUAAUUUGGUAAUCGACUUCUAAUUUUUGUUAUUGAUAAUUAAAUUAGUGGGGAUGUACAUUGAAAUGAGUCGAUUGAUAAGUUAGAGCAGAUUUCCGCUUGUAGUCGUACAAAUGUGUAGGGCUACGUGACGUCAAUCGACUACGAAUUUGAGCCUCGAUGAAACCGAGCGUGAGAAACGUUGAGUUCGACCGAUAAUGACGCUGAGAGAACACAAACACAAAGUCGCCCAUCCAUACGUAACAGAACGUUCGCGUGACUGCGUAGUAAGAUCACUAUCAAACCCUUCAACAGAUUAGAGAGAAGGCUCUUCAUGUCUGAAAGUUGGAAGAAAAACAACCGUCAAAAGCGCCAUCUUGAAUUCUGAAAAACGUACAUCAUCUCAAAAAAAAAAAAAAAAACAAAAAUGGCUUUUUCGGGAACCUUCCCGAUGCGCAAUAGAACUGGAGAAACCUGCGAUGUGGAUGGAUAAUCGCCUUACCGGGGAGAGGUUUCCAAGUAUGUAGCCAGCCAGAAAGCUAAAACCGAGAAACGGCGUCGUAAUCAAAUCCCAGCCCAAAGUCAGCUCAAAGUCAGCGAUCGUUCGCCCUGUGUUUUACUUUACUUAGCGUUUCCCGACUUUUUUGCUGCUGCCAUCGAUUCAUGCCAGGCGCUCGUUCUCGUUCGUCGUCUCGCGCUGCUUCAAAACAAACAAAUUACACCAACUUGUAUAAUAUUCUAGAACCUGUGAUGACUUUCUUUAUUUUUACGUUUUUACGCUACUCUACGUAGAAACGAUACGUUAAAUAAACUUAGGUUUACUUUUGUACCACUCUCUUUGUAAAUAGCAAAUCUUCCUCCUAGCGGGCUCGGGAAAAGAUAGACAAUUUCAACUGAUCCAUCAUAGUCAUUAGAUAACGCAAAAAAAAACUACUUAAAAUUUGGCUGCUUCUUUGAAAGAUUAGAAUAAAAAUUGAUGAACAAAAUUCAAAAUUGCUGCGCCCCUUUUUCGAAAGGUGUGAUUUCGAUUGGCACUAUCUUUUCCAAGGCGUGUCUAAAGUGUACAUUUAUCAUUGCAAAAUAUAUAUCAUAAAUUCCAGACUUUGUGCCCGAGCGCGCGUGUUUUCGAGACCGAUUGGUGUUGUGCGUGAGAGAUUGUGAUGAGUUUUAACCCGGCUCAAUGAGUGGAUGCGUGUCUUUUCGAGAGCAAAAAAAAAAACAGAGUACGACGACCGUGGCGCGAAAGAAUAGCGACCUUUGUUUAGUUGAUCAAAUUGUAACACCCUGUAGGCUUUAGGUUUUUGAUAAGUUUAUAUUAGGUAUGUAAAUGUUUUCAAAACAAAACAAACAAACAAAACUGAGAACAGUGGAAAAAAGAAGGCGAAAGGUACGAAAAACAACCGGAGAGAUACCAGAUUAUAGAAAUUCGUUAAUUUACUAACGACUGCCAUUUUAAGCAUAGUGAAAAACAAACUAUUUAGCCCACCCUAGCCCAUACUGGAUGAGGUGGGCGUGAGUUAUACAUAGAAAAAAAAAAGUACCCAAAAUAACACGGAAAGAAGGGAACGAAUUUUAACCUUUUGUUUUACGUUUUUGUACAUACAUAUUGACAUUUUUACGAGAUGGUAAUAACAAACUGACACAAACAAACAAAGAAACUCACACAUAUAGAUACAUACAACAACAAACAUAAGAGAACGAACGAACAAAUUUGAAUCAAUCAUCAACCAUUUUGCGGGUGGACCCUCGAUCGAGAAGAAUCAAUACCAACACGAGUCAUUUCGACGAGGUGCUUCAACACCCCCACCAUCCCAAAAGACGACAGAACAUCAACAUCAGCCCUUAGCCGGCUCGCCCAUUUAUCGGAAAAAUUUUCGGAACCUCGUGUGGCGGUGCGAAUCCGGAGCGGAGAUUUUUUAAACAACCUUUCGGAACGUUUGUCUAAAUUUUUUUAAAUAAAUGAUUUCAAAUUAUUUGGCGACCGUGAAAAAUUUCCUCUAAUCAAAUACGAUUCAGCUUCGAAAAUAUUUCGGUUGGAAAAUGCUUGGCGACCGUGAGAAAUUUCGACGAUCUCAAUCAUUUUCACUUUGAAAAUAUUUCGAUUGGAAACUGUUUGGCGACCGUGAAAAAUUUUGACGAUCAAAAAUUAAUUUUGAUUAUAAAAUAUUUAGAUUACAAAAUAUAUGUUUGGCGACCGUUAAAUUUGUAACUGAGUCUAAAUCAAUUUCGCCUCGAAAAAUUUGGAUUGGAAAGUAUUUGGCGACCGUAAAAAAAUUUUCCGAAUCAAACAAAUUUUAAAUUUGAUACUAGUUUUUAACAAAAAAAAAUAUUUCGAUUGGAAUCUGUUUGGCGACCGUGAAAAAUUUUGACGAUCAAAAAUUAAGUUUUAUUUAAAAAAAAAAUGUUUGGCGACCGUUAAAUUUGUAGCUGAAUCAAACUCAAUUUCGCCUUGAAAAAUUUGGAUUGGAGAGUAUUUGGCGACCGUAAACAUUUUUAACGAACCAAACUAAUUUUGAAUUUGGUACUAGUUUUUUAACAAAUCAUAAAAAUCAAGUAAUAUAAUAUUUCCUUCAAAAUUUCCCUCGAUCCAAUUAAAGCAGAUUUUAAUCUUCGAUAAGAUUUUCUUAAUUAAAUUCUUCCCUUAGUAAAAAGAAAUUCUUCAAACUUCCAUUUCAAACGCUAUCAACGAAAUGUCAAACGUUCCGUAAAGCUUGAUUCUCUUCCACCGAGAUUCGUACCCGGUUCGACGGGUUAACUUUUUUUUUGAUUAAGUUUUUUUUUCGUUUUUAAACAGUCAUAGAUUUGCUAGAGAUGCACAAAACUCUAUGGAACAAAUCAAACUAACAAACUAGGAUUCAAACUGUGAUCUGUGAUCGUGACGAGCUUUGCCAAAAAAAUCAACAACUGAGUAGUCUCUUACAAUUUUUUUUUUGAAAGAUGAACGUUUGGAUUUUUCAUCUAAAUUGUUGACAUUUUUCCAGAGUAAAAUCUAAGUUAAUUCAAAUUUAAAAGCGCAACAAAAAUAAGCCUCUAAACAUUUUUUUAAAAUUUUUAAUUAAUUUCAAAAUUUAUAUUCCUUUUUUUUAACAUUUAUUUACAUUUUUUGGAGUGUAAAAAAUACACUCUCAGCAACUUUUAGUCAAAUUUUGUAAAUUUCUAAUCACGCAAUCAAAAUUAAAAUGAUUCAAACUGACUCACCUUUUUCGGGGUACACGGAUUUUAUGAGGUUUUCUCGGAACCGACAAAAAAUGGGCUCUUUCUUUCGGUUCAGGAAGUCGUCAUUCGGCCAUUAAAAUGAUAACAUUUAAAAUGGGGAAGCAAAUCUAGCAUCUGAAUGUUGUUCACCUGACAAGGUGUUUUACCUUUCAAAAUUUUAUCACCGUUCAUUUUUAUGGCUGCCUCUUUUAUAACUUCCUUUGGAAUGAAAGUCAGUUCUAGUUUUUUUUCUUCAAAUGCUACUCCAUAAAUUGUAAAAGUAAAACGUGUCAUUAGGACGAUUUUAUUUGAAAUUUCUAAUUCCUGCUUAAGGGGCAUUGAACGACACUCAGUUUGUAAGGAUUUUAAUUCAACAAUCUAUUUACAAUUAGAAAAAAAACUUAUCAAAGUUUUAAUCCUGUUAGGAUUUUAACAGAUAAUUUUUCCACUAAUGUAAAAAAAAAGUUACAACCAAUCGUCACGAUCUACAUUUUUGCUUUGGCAAGGGACGUUCGGUCCCUUUCCGAUCGAAACCAUACGAAACUUGCCGCCGCCGGCAAGCUUUAAUCUGUGAUUUAACAACACAACAACAAAACACCCAGAUAAUUGCACUUUAAAUCGCAACUGGCAACCGCCAAUAUAUUUUCCGUAGUAGUUAUGAAUACGUUUUUAAUGAAAAAAAGGACGUUUUUUCCGACGACAAACAACCACACCUAAUUAGGGAAGAAAAAGAGAGAGUUAACCGGACGAACUGACACUGUAAGUGAACUUUUUCAAAAAGGGUGCAACAACAAAACAUACGAGAUGGUAGUUCAUAGGGUUACGAAAUGAUACAAAUUUUUUAGAGGUAAAUCAUAAGGCGCGGGAGAUUGAUUAUUUUCCGGUACCUGGGCUAUGCGUGAAAGUGAUUUAGCUGCUAUUUGAAGAGAGAGAGAGAGAAAGCGCAGGCGUUAAUUAUUAGGAGAGCAGUAAGCGAAGAUCGAGAGAGAAGGAAGCAGAAAGCGGUAUAUCGAAAUCGUGAUAUUUUAAAGUCAUACUUAUUAAUUUAAGGUCGUUUUUUGCAAUCCAUGCGUAAAGCAGCAUUAGGAGAGAAGAAGAGUUGGGAAGGAGGGAAGAGAUCUCGUUUUAAAUAACAAACAAACAAAAAACCCACGUAUACAUCUAUAUACUAUUUGUAUCAUAAACAAAAGUCAAUCGAGUUGAUUUAACAACGCCAACCACCACCUAUGUAUAAAAGUGAGAAAAAAAAAUGGAAAUUUACUACGAUGGCAACAAUAAACCCUGAAAAGUCUGAGAAAGUUUAGUUAUUUCGUUUACAUUACCCUUUCACGAUAGGAAAAGAGUCAUUGAGAAGAACGCAAAAAUGCGAGAGGCAGAGCGCUUAAGGGAUGAGCUAGAAGAAGGCAAAUUUGUUGUGAUUAAUAAAAUAACUGAUUAGUAGAGAUAGAACAAAAUGAUGACCCACAAGAACGCUUAAUGAAUACAAUUGAAUGUGAUAAUAUAUAUUUUUAUACAUUUGGAAACACACAAAUGCGAGCAAAAUAACCAUGAAACCGGAAGAAAUCUGAAACGACAAAUUUCAAAACAGAAAGAGUGUCGAACAAAACUUCAAACAACUUCAUUGCUUAAUUUUAAGUCAUCAAAUCAAGAUUCCUUUAACCACCACCAACAUUAAACAAUACAUCGUUAGGCAGUGAAGCAUUUACGCAUAGAGAGGUUAUUAUCCAUUAGAUGAUAAAAAAAAACAACAAGAGAACCUGAGAACACUCUAAGAAAAAUAAUAUCUAACACACAAAAAACACCUGGACUAAGAAGAGACCCCGGGGACUCCCCUUAGAAAGCAUCAUUAUCCGCUAUUUUUUUGGUUCGCCGAAAGGAUGUAAACCUGAUUGUGAUCGUUAAACAAACAAAAUGCGAAUGUGUACUAGAGCUACCUUUUUAUAUAUCAUCGAAAGAGAAAAAAAGCGAGAGAGAAUUAAGAGAAACAACCUUAACAUAUUUAUAAAAAAAUACUAUCACAUUCAUUGAUAUUUUACUAGUUAUCAUUUUAAAAAUAAGAUCCACAAGAACAAAAAACCAAAGCAUCGUGAAUUAUUGAAGUGUAAUGCAGUAAACAAACAACCGAACCAAAGUCGACAUGGAUCACGGAUCAUUUGCUUUUACCCCUGCCUGGCUGGUUUUUCUUUUACUCGUGUCGCGUCGUAGUUUUCUCAACUUGGCGAAUGGAAAUCGGAGUUAAUCGUGACGGUUUCGUCUCGUAGUCGUGAUUUCUCGGUUCGCUGUCGGCGGAGGAGAUAAAUGAAUUGUGACGUUCCUCCCCCCUUCAUUCUCCUGCACGCUAAAAACGAUUUACUCUCUAGUGUGUUGGCGAAAAUUUGCUAUAGAUUUUUCUUUUUUCAGCGUCUUUCUCCUAUUUUCUUGAAGCUGCCGAAGCUAACGUUCAAAGCAUAAUAUUCCCUUUAAUGGUCGCGCUGAGCUCGUUUACGUUUCAUGUUCGACGUGCGGAUCAGUGUCAAUCACGUCAAGCGAAAGGGCUCGCUUUUUACCUAGAUUUAAUCACCGAUUCGUCACGUUGCAAUUUAACGUGUAGCGCUGUCUCGCGUGAGACGGACGAAAUCGGUGUCACUGUACUGCUUUUUCCCCACUUGAAGUUGGGAUUGUUGAAGAAAUUUGUUCCAACUUACCAUAGCCGACUUCUACGUCGAGCUUGUUUCAAUUUACUCAUUGAAAAAUUGCAAUUUAAACUAUUAAUAUUUCUAAGAGAAAACCGUUAAAAUUUUGUGCUAUGAUUGUAAAAAAAAUACAUAGGCUUACCAGUAAAUCCGACGGCCUAUGUUCGUGAAAGGACUAGUCAAUUUAGAUUUAUACUUAAAAUUCAGUUCUGUGAUAAUUUUUAACGACAAUACUUCCAAUAACCUUUUGAAAAGUGACACCUGUUUCCCCUCUCAGUUCGGGAAAGGGAUCGGGGGUAAAAGCAAAUCCAACAGUCCAUUUCCGGCUUAGUAGAUCAAUUUCAGGCACCGAAAAGUCAACCCAGUGGUGCCCCCAAAAAGGAUCAAAAACUGUAGUGAUACUUGCUCUUUUUUGUUGAGAAACCUCGUGCAAAUUCGAACUGCAUUGAGUUGAAAAAAACAAAUCGAAAAAAUAAAAAGUCUAUUCACAAUCCAAAACCGAGCUUCGGCGAAAGGCCUUUCCAUGGCAGUGUGAAAAGGCUUUUCGAGUGAUGGAUAGCGUUAGAGCAAAGCAAACAAAAACAUGACUGAUGAUAGUUGAGGGGUGGAAAAUAUUGUUUUAGAUAUUUUUUACCUCGAACCGCACUACUCUAGGAUGUAUUUCUACUUGAAGCAGCAGAAUCAGGACGCGUGAGUGAAUAUAGGUGGUAGUGUAAGAUUUUGGAAUAAAUAUUUACACGGAUGUGAUGCUGAAAAAAACCCCAACCGUUUGGGCAGCGAGAAUCAAGAUUUGAAACAAAAGAAAAAAAAUCUGCCAACUGUGAAUGCUGAAGCUAAAAGUAAUCAAAAAAUUACCAUAAACGUGAUCUAAUUCGUAAAACCAAAAAAAAAAAAAAACAAAAGUAAAACAAUGGAAAAAACAAGAUUUAGAUUCGAUUGGCAAAGCACCCAGAUGAAUAGGUUGCAAACGAACGGUAGGCGAAAAAUCAUAAGACUUUAACAUGAUAAAACGUACAAAUUACUACUAGUAACUCGUUUUUAUAUAGACACCAUCAUAUAUAAGCCAAGAGGUACUGAUUUGAUUACACAGAAAUCGAGUCGGAGGAGGAAAACAGACAACAGCGCAACAACCGAACAGAAAACAGAACAAAUGUUGGGAAGGUUUAAGUCACGCAACUAGUUACUUACUUAUCCGGGUUUCCGCUUAUUUUUUUAUUAUUGCGCGCAAAGAAGCUCGAUCGAGCUCGAUCACGCAUUAUGGAAGUUGGUACCUACCGAUUCCAUUGAAUUCGAUUACGAAACGAUGGUUCCUUGGAAGUUUGUGGUGCGAAAAGCGACGAGCAAUCGUUUUAAGCUAACCACAAUUUUUUUUUGAAUUUUGAAAUUAAAACAAAAAAAAAUUCCUCAAAAUGAUGAAAUUUUUACAAAAAUUUAAAAUCUGAAAAAAAAAAUUCUAACAGAAGCCAUUUAGAGAUGGUUACUGAUCCAAAUUUUGACACUCGGGCAGAGAGUUGAAAUUUGAAUCAGUGACCAACUCUAUAUGUCCUGUUAUUUUCUUCCGAUUUCAAUUUAUAAAAAAUAAAUAAAAUUAUAUUGUCAUCAGCUUGUGUAAUCGUUUUAAGGUAAGCACAGUUUUAUUCAUUUUGAAAAAAAAAAACAAAAAAAAACAUCAAACUAAUGAAUGUUUUACAAACGUUUGAAAUCAGAAGAAAAAUAUUCUGACAGAAGUCAUUUAGAGAUGGUUACUGAUGCAAAUUCUGACACUCGGACAGAGAGUUAAAAUUUGGAUCAGUGGCCAACUUUAUAUGUCCUGUUUUACAAUAUUUUUCUUCCGAUUUCAAUUUAAAAAAUUGGACUUCUCAAAGCUCGUUGAGGUCUUUUUUCUAAAAUUUCUAAUUUCAUCCUAAAUUCGAUCAUUCCCUGGAAGGUUUUAGAGACAUGAGCGUUUUCUGGAGAUGUCACGAAUGUUUGCCCGAAACAUUUCAAACCAUUUGGGUCUGUCGAUCUCGUUGAACAUGGGAAAGAUAAGAGCCCCCUGGGAGAAAACUCGUGAUACACUACACGGGUAAGGUUUUUGUGUUGUUUUGGUGCCCGCAUUUGCGACUGCUAGAAACCAGCAUCUGCUCAUUGGCCUGACCAAGCUGGAAAAGGAUGAGGAAACCCCUCGCGGGUUGAGCCAAAACAGGUUCGACAACUUUUUCGGUCAACUUUUUUUUCUGCUUUUUUUCCAUUCGAAACGAGCCCUCCAUCAUCAGCAUCGAGGGCUGUGGGCGAUCGUUGCCUCGCUUGUGAGUUGUUUUGUUGUUUUUUCCCAACCAGAACUGGUUUCUGCUCUUCUUGGAGACUUGUUUUUUUUUGCUACGCUGCUGGUUUACAACACAACAUCGGGUGAGACAACCCAUCGUUCGUGGUAGUAGCUGGCGAAAGGGAGUGCCUACAAUCCCCGGGCAUGAAACGAGGGCGACCAUUUUAAUGAUACCUGUGACCGAAUCGAUCUCUCGAAGUUGAAACCUUACGGUGAACUUUCGGAUCAUUUUGGUUUUGAAAUCAAAACAUUCAGAUUUUUUUUGUCACGGUCGCCAUGCAAAGUUUUAAAAUUAGUCAUUCAAUUCAUCUUAUGAACAACUCAGAUACUACCAAAAAAAAGUAAACAAUCUUUUCAUGUUUUUACAAUCAUCGCUUCGGUAGAAAAAGUUCAGUAGAAGUUGCGUGACUUAGAAUCCGGUUUUCUGGCAACACUUCCACACGUUUCCUCAUGAAAAUUGUUUUCCGCGAUAAGAGAGAAAGAGAAUGAGAGAAAAUGUUCGAAUAUGUAUCAUAGAGCAUUGGAAUCUUUCUGAAAGAUCGAGUGAAGUACAACCCUAGGAGAGGACAUCUUAUGAUAACGCGUUUUGGAUUAGGAAUACUCUUUUACAAAAUAAAAUUAAUAAAAAAAAAUGCAAUGCCAAUAAAGACAGCAUAAGGAUAGGCUCGUGAGCAGCUUUUGUUUUUGCUCGAUAUGUAAGUUUUUUAGAUAGUUUUUCAGAUACUUCCGUGCAGCAAACACAAACAAAGGAAAAAACAAACAAACAAAAAAAAAACAAAGGCACAUUUAAUUCUCAUGUCGUUAGCGAUAGAAUAAACAAUACGAAAAGAAUGCAAACUCUGAAUGUACAAAUUUUAUUACUAUUUUAACGGAAUAAAGUGAGAACACAAAACAAAACCUUUGAAAAAACAAACGGAAAUAAUGAUUCUCAUCCAAAUUAUGAAACAUAUGAAAUACACGAAAGCUAAAAAUAACAAAAAAAAAAACUGACAAACUGAAUACUAAUUAAGAGAAACUAUUCAAACUGUGAUUUAGUAAGAGAAUGAAAUAACAAACCAGAAAGAAAGCAGACGAAUAUUUAUAACAAAAACAAAAACAGAUAGUUGAAGAAAAAAAACUACUGACCGAGCGAGAACGAGAGCGACACAAAUCGCAAAAAAGAGUAAUCACUGCAUUGGUUUUUUCGAUGAAAAAGAGAAAACACUUAUUUUAUUAAGCAACACAACAAAUUACCGAAAUGUUAAACAUGAGUUAAUGCUAAAAUGUGUGUGUGUGGAACAGCUUAAACACAAAUUCAAACAUUAACAGAAAUGUGGUAAAAAUCACGAGUAGCUUUUAAGAGAAAGAGAGAGAGAGGGAAAUGCAAAAUGGAGAUGAAGUUUAGUGAAGAACGCAGAAGAAAAAACAACCCACGAACAACCAACCAACCAUGUGUAAAUAUUCUAACGUUCGACAAAAAUGUUAUAUAUGUGUAUAGAAAUGUAAAAUAAAACAAAAAAAAAUCUACCUACUGACGCGAAAUGUUAAAUUUCGGAAAACAAUACCAUCAAAAAGAGAGUAAACGUUUCCGAGGAAAAAUAUUUCAACUCAAUUCCGGGAGAGCUCUCCCGAAAACUUUCCUACCGUUGAAUUUCUCCCCAAAUCAUGAGAGUGUGUGCUCACGGUGAGUGUUCGUUUUUUUGUUGGAGAAGAAAUCCUUCGUCGAGCCCUGGCCGGUUUGCCCCGAGUUGAGUGUGUCCACGUUUUCGCUGGAAUUUCGAUUUCAAAAGGGGUUCCAAUCGGGCAGGGGUGUUGUUGGAAGGAGGAUGAGUGCUACCCUAGGUUUUGAAAUUUGGCACCUUAAAAUAAUAGGCUAUAUGUAAUAGGAUGUACUAUUUUUUUUUUACAAAAAGACCCCGCGCUUAAAUCGUUUACUAGUUUUUAACGGCCAGUAACUAUUCGCUAAACUACUGGUGGCAUGUGCGUGUGUGUUUGAGACUUGGGUUUGGAGCGCGUUUCGGGAUUGAGUUGGGAUUUUGGGGUCGGAAACCAGUCGUAGGUGAGUGAUUUUGAGGAUAACAAAUACGUUGAAGAAGUAACAAAAAAAAAACUAUGACAAUGGAAACAAUAACAUAAAGAAAAUUGCAGUAUUUUUUUGUAAUAAAAAAAGCAAAGUGAAAAAUAAAAAAUGAACUGAAAAAUUGUACAAAAAGAGAGAAAAAAAUUUUAUAAGAAAAACGCACCAGAAAAAAUAGUUAUCAAAAAAAGUUGUUGAAGCAUUUAUAUACGUAAUGUAAAUUUAUAGAAUCUAUAGUUUUUAUUAUUUAAUAAAAGUACUAAAGAGAAAGCAGGUGAGAUCGACCUGAAAUUAUUUCUGUGUAUAAAAAUGCAAGAUACAAAAACAAACAAAACUAUAUAAAAGAGAACCAAGCAAACGGUAAAUGAACACCUGAGGAGAAGAGGAAAAUAAUCUAGAGAAAAACUCUGUGUAUAUGUAUAAUGUAAAUUUCGUGCGGAUAAGGGGCUCAUGUAGAUUGUUUCGUUAUGAUUUCUAAUUUAUUUUCCUAAUUUCGAUUGGAACCAAAAUUGCUUAACUGAAACGGUAAUUGAGAAAUGCAAAUGACUUUUCAUGGCAACAGAGGCAGAGCAAAAACUUGUUUUUGAAAAAACAACCUAAACGAUAAUCGUAACGUAGGAAGGAGUGAUAGCCACCAGAAACAAAAAAAAAAAUCAAAAGAUUCGACGCCAUAUUGAUUGGUGUUUGCUCGCUUGAUUGCUAAUGUGCUACACUGAGAAAAAAACUACCGUACUUGAUUCGCCACUUGGAACAUCAAACAGCCAGCAGUCAGUCAUUAACGUCAUCGAUAUAUGCGAAAGUAUGUGUUCAAGACAGUAGAUGACUCACUCGCUCGUCCAUUCGGCACCAAUAAAACUUUUGAUGGUGAACCGAGGGCGUCCAUUUUUUUGCAACCAUCAUGAAACUCAUAACCAUCAACAAGCAAAAAGUAUCGGUAUCGUCUACUAGUUACUUUACCGCAUAUCGCUUUGAACGAGCGAGUGAGUCGAUGGCGCAUUAGUCGGGAGAGGAAACACUUAAAACACGUUAAAAAAAGCUAACAAUGAAAAAAUAAUUAUGCAUACGCACCGAUUAAACCGAACUGAAAAACAAAAGAUUCCAUACAAUUCAAUCGUAGUCGCUUGCCAGCAGCAUUAGAGAGGAUUCAUCUCUGGUCUUUGUUACAAAAUAUGCAAAACAAAAAAAUGUAAAACGAUUUGCGAGUGUAACCUACACACUAACAAAAGAGAGGGAGAUAAAAAAAGAAGAAACAAUCGUAAAAAUGAAAAUUUAAUACCCCCAAUAGCCUAUUGUUUAGAUGUGAAGUACUACUCUAUUCCUAAUACACCACUAUCUCGACCGUGAACGAAACUGAGAAAACAAAAAUUCAAUUGAAGUACAAUUGAGAUGUCGAUAACACUUUUCUGCAAAGCGAGAGCCGCAAAAGUGAAGAAGGCAAACACAAAUCUGUAACAAAACGUUCAUUCACCAAACUCGAGGCAGCAGCAAGAUAAAAUAAAACAUCAACACAAGAAAAGGGUACAUUAACAAUCAUUCAACAAACCGCCCACAUACAGUCACUCAUACACCUACAGAUGCACUUUCACGUAUAUGCAAAUGAAGUUGACCGUUUCUGCCACCAUCUUACCAAACGGAGUAACUGAUAAAAAAAAAACAAAAUUCAAAAAUUCACCGUUCGUAGAAAUCAACCAUUUUAUUCGGAUUCAACCCAAUUUCAGCAGAUGGUGGUUAUCAAACAUGUACGCGUACUAAUCUAGCGCACGGCUAGCUCAGUUGUCAUUUGGCGGCUGCCUGGUCGUCAACGCUCACGGUCGCGACUCCAAGUGGAAUCAUUUGCUAGAGGCAGACUUUCAGGGACAAACCGAUCCGCUUUGAGGAUCGUAACAUGGGAAUUAGGCAGCAAACGAUGAUCCUAAUUUUAGCAGCCUUCGUCACGCGGAUCUACACGCUCGUUUUUGAUGAACUAUUUAUGAUUCUCAAAUAGCAAUAUUUUUUAACCAAAAAUAGUUUAAUAAAAACGAGUGUUUACUUCGCUCCCAAGCGAAUGGACCAGUGACAAAAAGUGGCAAAAAAAAUCAUUAUUAUUACUCCUGACGCCCUUCUUCCUGGUCAACUUCUAGCAUUCGAUAACACGAAUGUAAAUUGUUAUCAAAAUCCAACUGUUCAAUCAAAUUCACAGAAAAAAAAAGUUGCACCAAUUCCUCUCCUUCUCAUAAGAAAAAAAAACAUGAUUCAGCACCCAAUAUCUCGUACAGUGUGUGAGCGAAUACUCCACCAUUUGUAUUGUACAUAUGUGAGACGAAUAAGCAAAGCAAAAAUAUUCACAGUUAAAUAACAUAACCCCUCUUAAAGAAAGAAAACUGAAAAAUUCUGUAGAUUUUGACCGAAACAGCCCGUAGAAAAGUGUCCUCUUUGUUCCUUGUAGUGUAAUAAUAGUGUUUCGCACCCACCUUGAAUGACACAAAACCAAAACAAAUAAACGAUGUUAUUCCUAGAGAUUAAACCUUUUUCCCGUUCGUACCCUCAGUUUCGAUGCUUUCUAGUUUGAGUUUCUUCUUGAGUGCAACGAUUGUUUUAAAUUGUUUUGCUUUUCCUACGACUUUUUCUCAAUAAUUUUCUUUUUCAAAAAUAUCAAUUUCACAAAACAAAAAAAACAUGGCUGUACUUUUCCCUUUUUGAUUUUUUCGAGUUUCAAUCGAGAAAGUUUACUAAAAAGUGUGCAAAAGUUUUUAAAGAAAUAAUAGCUCCCCUUAAAAAUAAAACGAUAUCAAAACAACACCCCCUAAACUGUCUGCAACCGUCAAACAAUUAAAGUUCAUCCAUAUUAUUAGCGAUUUAUAUUUGUCACACUCUGUCGAUUGUCAAAUAAUAAAUGGGGAUAGAAGAAAAACCUGUCUUUUCGGGUUUCCCCGCGGGGAGUCAGCUCCCCGAAAGAAGAAAAAAAAAACCACAAACCAUUUAAACCAGCGAUUUCGACUUUUUCUAUGUAAAAAGGCGAAUCAUUAUAUAAAUAUUAAAAAGAAAAAACAAAAAGAUUGCUAACAAAACAUAAAUGCAUUCAUGAAUAUUAUGAAUUAUUUUCCCAUUGCUGAGUAGAAGUAUUUGUGUAUAAUUUCUGACAGCAGAAAAAAAUACAAUCAACAUUCACACAAACACACACACAAAACAAAAACAAACAAUGGGAGCAUCUUAUGAAAAGCAUCUAUAAACCCCUACCAAGACACAAAUUUAACAUCCGCUGUCACACUGAAACAAAAACAAACUCAAAAACUAGUGACAAACAAACUUUGAUUAGUUCGUCUCAAAGGCAAAAUUGAUUUGAAAUAAUUCGUUUUAUUUCACUGCUCCCUCCCUGCCGUUCAUAACUAUUUUUUUUUAGUUUGAGGUAAACAAAAGGAAAAUGUCGCAGGAUUUUUUGCAAUCCUGUGGCGAUGCGGAAAAAGGCCGGUGGUGGAAAGUAUAAGUUUCUUUCCCGAUGGCAUUUUUUUCUGUUCUUAUACACCCAAACAUAAUAGAACACACAAUACAUGUCCUCACACAUACAAAAAGAGAAGGGAAAAUUCAGAAAACAGCAAAAAAAAAAAACAAACGAUGACGAACCUAACGACGAACGCAGUGUAGUAGUAAACAUGAUGAAGCAAAAAAAAAGAAGAAGAGAAAAAAACAAAAAAAAAAUAA